UCCGUAUUCAUAUCGGAUCCAGAUUGAUUGGAGCACAGGUUAUGUGCCUAGAGGCACAAAGAAAGGAAGAGAGACAGAGAAUGCCCUUGAAGCUUCUCCCGGUGCGUACAGCCGGGAAAUGCUACUUCCAGUCGCUGCUGCUGCAUCUCGUUCCCGUCCUCCUGCUUCUGCCGCUCUCACGCCCGGCGUCGGCGUCGACGGUGGUGACGCACCUUCCCGGAUUCGAUGGCGCUCUGCCCUUCAACCUUGAAACAGGAUACGUGGGCGUGGAGGAGGAGACAGGGGCGGAGCUCUUCUACUAUUUCGUCGAGUCGGAGAGGAGCCCCGGCACGGACCCAGUGCUCCUGUGGCUCACCGGCGGCCCCCGCUGCUCGGUCAUCAUGGGCCUUGCCUUUGAAAUUGGUCCUCUGAAGUUUGUGUUGGCACCGUAUAGUGGCGGUUUGCCGGAAUUGGUGUAUAACCCAUAUUCAUGGACACAGAUGGCCAACAUACUCUUGUUGGAUUCACCGGUCGGUUCAGGCUUUUCGUACGCUCGUGAUCCCAAAGGCUACAAUGUUGGAGACCACUCGUCAUCUUCGCAGGUCCAAACAUUUUUGAAUAAGUGGUUCACGGAUCAUCCGCAAUACCUUUCAAAUCCUUUCUACAUUGGUGGAGAUUCAUAUGCUGGAAAGGUGAUUCCACUUAUUGCACAAGGCAUUUCAGAAGGGAUUGACAUUGGGAAACAACCUAUCAUCAAUCUUAAGGGAUAUAUGGUUGGCAACCCUAUAACAGAUCCAAAGUUUGAUGAAAAUUACAAAAUUCCAAGUGCUCAUGGUUUUGGGAUAAUAUCUGAUCAAAUAUAUGAGACUGCAGUGAAGAUCUGCAACGGAGAUUAUAUUAACCCUGUGAAUGAAAAGUGUGUUGAAGUGUUGCAUACUAUCAAUAAUCUCAUUUCUGAAAUUUCAAUUGAACACAUCUUGUACAAGAAAUGUGACGUUGUUGCACCAAACACCAUAUAUGAUACUUCCAAAAGAAAGUUUUUGUUGGAAGAAUCUAUCCAGUUAAACAAGCCACCCGCUCAGCCGACUGUAGAUUGUUUCACAUAUGGUUACUAUUUGGCCUACUUUUGGAUGAACAACAACUUGACUAGAAAUUCUCUUGGGAUCAAGGAGGUGAAGGUGAGGCACGGUCGGUUUAAAAGGAGAAGGCUGGGAACAACGAGUGAGUGGAUACAAUGCAACGUAGGGCUCCCCUACACAUAUGAGAUACCGAGCAGCAUACCGUACCAUCUCAACCUCACCACAAGAGGUUAUCGCACACUCGUGUAUAGUGGAGACCAUGAUCUCGAGGCUCCAUUUCUUGGCACACAAGCAUGGAUAAGAUCCUUGAACUUUUCCAUCGUUGAUGAGUGGAGGGCAUGGCAUGUUAGUGGACAAGCUGCUGGAUUUACCAUAGAAUACACAAACAAUAUGACAUUUGCCACAGUAAAGGGUGCUGGUCAUACUGCUCCGGAGUACCGACCUAAGGAAUGUUUUGCCAUGGCUCAAAGCAGGAAGCAACAGGAAAUAACAAGGUGGUCAAGGUCCUAGGACCAGAAGAUCGGAAGACCAAAGAAAAAGAAAAACAACAACUCUAAAAGUUGAAUCACAACACUCCAUACAAACCAAACUAGACAACGCAAUUCCGACUCCGAUAGUGAACUACAAAGGAAACUAGGCAAGGUUGGCGUCACAGAGGAUCACCGAACGAACCACCUGUCAUGCGCCAUCGUAUACCACCGGCUCCCCACCAUGGCUUCGACUUUGCAACAACAAAUAGUUGAGGCACACCCACGGGCAUGUCGGAGAAGAAGAUACGACUACCACGACCAAGACCACGCCUCUAACAUUGCUCACCACCAUCAUCGUUGCCACAUAAGCCCCCGUGCGCGUCCAGGUGUAGGAAGCACCACAGGGAUCAAAGUCUUUAAGACGACACCCUAGAGAGGGGAACGACGUUGAAGACAAUGCCAGUGCCUGACCCUAGAGCAGGAUAUGGGCUUUCACCCGAAGAAAUUGAUCCGGGAGCAGAGGUUGUGAAUGUUGAAACAUGUUAUUGUAUCACGUUACAUAUCUUGUAGGAGUCCGGCUCUUAUCUCUAGAGGAGUCUAGUAGCUAGUUUAAACUAGGUUGAUCCUCUUAUCUCCUAUAACUUCCUACCUGAUAGAUCUCUCUCUCUCUCUCUCUCUCUCUCUCUCUCUCUCUCUUGAUGUAAUCUAAAUGUGCUUAGCACACCUCCUGUACCGACCGUCUCAUCAAUAUAAGGCACGCGGGUCUCCCCUUGGGAGAUUGAGACGCUUCACAAUUUACACAUGGUAACCA